AUGGAAAAAGAAAAAACUGAGAUGGAGGAGAUGGAUAAGAUUAAUCAGGAGAAGGGAAAGAACAAGAAUAAUCAACAGGAUCCACAAAUUGCUAAGGGUAAUAUGAAAGAAGCUCUACCCCAUAAUCAGAAAGAAAUUGAAAUUCAAAAUCAGAAAGAGCUAAGGGAGGAGCAGAAGCAACAAAAAGUGUCUGAGGACAAUACAAAAGAGGCAGUUCCUCAGAAACAAAGAGGCAGGGAAGAACAAAAUCGCAAUAUGGCCACGAAGAUCUCAAAAAGAGGUACUAGUGCCCCUCCAAAACAAACAUACAAGCCCACUAUAGCAAUAUUUGGGGUGGACAAACCAUCUCCAACUAAUGAGGAGGUAAGGAAAGAGGUAGUGGGAAAGAAAAAUGAGGAAAGGCAAGUUGUGGAUACAAUGAUAACCUCUACAAGCAGCAAUCCUAUACAAAAUAAAAAUCAAGAGCAACAGAUACAAGUGUCAUCUGAAAAACAGUCCAUAGAGAUACUUACUAAAGAUCAUAACGCAACUCAAGUGGUCUUGUCUCCAAAUGACAAAGAAAAACUGCAUAGCAAUACUCAAUGGAUAACUGAAAGAAAAAAGAAGACUAGACCUGUUAAGCAGUUAUUUAUAGGAGACAAGGAGGAUAUUACUCAAAAUAGGUUUGUCAAUCUGGAAGUUGAGGGUGAUAAACCAAGCCAACAAAAAAAUGUCCAUACAAGUGAAGGAGCAACUAAGGAAUCAACCCAAAAUAAGGAACCUCCUGAUGAUGAAUGGGCUGAGAAUACAACUUCUGAGGAAGAAGAAUCUAAUGGGUCAUCUGAUGAAGAAGCUGAGAUUCUGAUCAAAACCCUUGGGGGCAAGGGAAGAGACUCAAAAGAAGCAAAGAAAGCUAUUGCUGAUCUAUGCAUGAAAGAGGGACUAUCCCCAAGAGCAAAUAAAGACACUGGACAAAAACAGAAGGCCAGGGGCAAUACUUCCACCAAAGCACAAAAGAGCACUUCACAAAAAACCUCUAAUAUUCCUAUUAAUGAUUAA